GCUUAAUAAUGUCUCUGACAGAAGGAUUUUUUUCUUUCCUGAAGCAUGACAACAUCAUAAUCCCCCAUUGUUGGAAAGGAAAGGAAGGGAGAGUGGAAUUGUGAAGACAAGCGGAAAAGGGUGGUCUUUUGGGGCAGCAAAGCCUAUGGGAAGUGCAGGUAGCAGCAUGUUGCCCUAACAGCUGUCUCAGCUUCUCAGACCUUGUCAGUUUGUUGCUAUGCAGCAGGUGCAGCCUUUUCUUUUAUUGAAUCUUUACUCCAUAAAGGCAACGACAAGCCAAGGCAGUGGCUGGCCCUGGAUUAUACAAGUGCAGACACUCCACUAAGUGAGGGAUCUACCUCAUUAAAACCACCAUUUGGAGUUGGCAGUCUCAGAAGAAAAGCCAAGGACAGAGUAAAGCCCCGAUCCUGCAAUCAAACCCAUGUGGGCAGACUCUUCCAUUCGCACGGAGUCCCACUGACCAAUCGCCACCAAGCUGGAACACACAGGUAAAAACUUAGGCUCAAGUGCCCACAUGAUCACCACAGCAAGGGUACCUGCUGAUAAGCCAGUCCGCAUCGCCUUCAGUCUAAAUGACUCCCCAGAUGAUGCUCCCCCUGAAAGCACCUUUCCAUUGGCAUUUCCUGACCUAGAUCAGCAGCUUCAGCCCCUGCCACCUUGCCAUGACUCUAAGGAAUCUAUGCAGGUGUAUAAACAGCACUGCAAAAUAGCAGAAGAAUACCAUGAAGUCAAAAAGGAAAUUGCACUGCUAGAAGAAAGGAAAAAAGAGUUGAUUGCCAGACUGGAACAAACGGAAAAGGAGAGCAUGGAUGCUGCUCAGCUGGCUGAGGAGUAUGCAGCACUGACAGAAGAGAAUCAGACAUUGAAGCUGGCCCAGACACAGUGUGUAGAACAACUGGAAAAGCUUAGAAUACAGUACCAAAAGAGACAGGGAUCUUCAUAACUCUCAGCUACCUAUUACGGGGCAGUGAAAUCCAGUGUUUGUUUUGUGCUGGCCAGGAGGUUUAAAAAAAGGUUCUCUUUAAUAUGCUGUAAUACUUUACUACAAAUACAGAAUAUGUAAAAGUCUAUAUUUAAUUUAAUGUUUGCCAGCCAGUAGCUUACUAUAAUGGAUAUUUUAUUCAUUAUAUAAUGGCUAUUUUAUUUCAAGUAACAUAACUGAAGUAUAUCUAUCCCCAUUAUAUGUUCUAGUAGAUCAGAUUUCUUUUCUAAAGAUAUUCUUUUAAUUUAAGAAAAUAUAGACACACUAGAAACUGAUAUAAAUAGUCUCUGUGUUAGGAGUUGGACCAUACUAUGUCAUACACAAGGGGCAGUGUUAAUCUAUGGAACGCUGUGACAUGUGUUUUAAUUUUAGUUUUGGGGGGUUAUUGUUAUUUUUUCAUGCCUGAAGGGUUUGGAAAUUAUCCUAAAUGUAACCUCCUGGUUCUGGGUAAAAACUAUGUCCUUAUUAAUUGGCACUGUGACAGCAGCUUUGGUUUUGGUAGUGAAGUCCAAGAGAUUGCACAUUAAAGAAAAAGUAGCUUAAAAAAAUAAUUUUGAUCAAAUAAGCACAUUGCCAGUAAUAAUUUACAAGUUAUGAAAUGGAAAGGAAACAGAUGAAAUCAAGUUUUCCUUCCUCCACUGUAUGGUUUGCUAGAGAUUCUUUUCUAUUUAAAAGUCACUUGUACUUUUUGGCAUGCAAGAAAUGUAAAAAUAAUGUAUGGACACUACAGUGGUGAAUAAAUAAGACUUUAUGGUUUUAACUGUGAAUACUUCAGUAAAACUAUAUUUUGUAGGCUGUUUUGGAGCAUAAAUGACUGAGUAGGGACUGAGCAGUUAAAUGGUAUACAGAUAACUGGGAGUGAAAAUGACUGUUUUCCUUGCUCUAUUUAUCACUGUAUUUUCCUAAAUCAAUUUAAGAGUCUUUGUUAUACUUCCAUUUCUAUUCAUAUGGUAUUUUUUUCAUUAAAAGUGAAUAUACAAAACUUAAUUAGCCCUUGCUGUGUUUCUGCUUUAUCCAAAGGACAGUGUGUCACAUUUUUGUGAGAUUAGAAUUAGACACAAACUUAAUGCUAAUGUGCCAGUAAGGUUAUGUUCAUAAUUCUCAAAAGUCAAGAAUAGCGGAAGUUAAGACUUGCACUGUCAGCAUAAAUUUGAAUCUCCUUGCUCAUCUAGGAUCCAGGUUUUUAAAGAGAGUAAUCUAGACAACUCCCAUUUAAGUCCCAUGGCACCAAAUUACAACUUGGUUAGUUCACCAAACACAAGAUGUUCCUUUACAUCCCUUCAUUGGCUAACCAUUUCAUAGGUAAGAGGGCAAACAGGGUGCACUUGGAUGCUACUACCCCUGCCCUGAGAAGAGGAGCAGGAUAAAGCAGGGAAUGGGGGGAGUUUUACCCCUAUCCUCCCCUCAGCACACUAGAUCACACAAUACAUUGUACUUGGUCUGUACCUGGCACAGUUCAAUCCCUUCCCAGAGCAGCAGGGAAACAGGAAAGGAAAUUGUGACUCGCUGAAUCAUGGUUUUUCAUCUGGACGUUCCUUUAAAACAAACCAUUAUCUCACAAUUGUAACAUGUACCAACCUUACAGCAGCAGGGGCUAACCUGUCUGGCCCCUACAAAUUUGGCUUGCACCCUCCCCACAUGCCACUUUGAUUUCCUUUCCCUGCUGGGUCUGCUGCUCAGCUUUCUGCUUCUUGCUCUGUGCUCUUUGACUAAGCUGCUGCUCUGCUUUCUGCUUCCAGCACUGUGUUUUCUGCCUGAUCUGAUGCUGUGCUCUGAUGCAGCCCAGAAACUAUCGUGGCAUAUGUUUAGCAAUGUAGAUCUAUCUUGCUCAAGUACCUGAAAAAAACAAUGCUGAACCUACUUUUGUAACAUGGUAUCAUCUUAGCCUGAAGACUAAACCACAGAAAGAAGAGAGCAUUAGGGGGACCCACCCACCUUUUGCAUUAACAUUUUCAAGGACAUGAGCACAGAAGACUAGGUCCUGGCUUAGGCACCUACUAGGUGGAAUAGGAUCUGGUUUAUAUGAAUGACAAAAGAUACUCCACACAUGAAAUAUGCCUAAUUUAAAAAUCUAGUGCCAAAUUCUAGGCUGGCAUUCAUUUAUCUUUUACAGUCUUGUCUGCACUGAGGUUACACUCAAAAAUGAACAAUUCAGUUAUUCUUUAAUGAUUUAAUUUACUUGUUUCAGAAAACAAGGGGAAAAACAUUUCAAACUUAAUAAUUAAGGCUUAUAAAACAAACAAGAGGGUUUACAUGUUUCCCUGCUGACUUUGAAAGUAACUAGUGUCUUUAUUAAAUACAGUUGUAUAUUUCCACAUUAGUUCCGUCAAGAAUUUAAACUACUCCGUAACUCCACAAAAAUUUAGCAGCACAAAACCACAAAUAGAAAUCCAUUAUCCAACUUCAAAUUCUUUUAUACAGUAAUCUUAAACUCAGUGGAAAUUGUCCAAAUAUACAAAAACUGACUUCUGUUUCUUAACUCAGUUGGUUAUGCUUAUGUGUAAACUGGCCUUCCAGCAAAUCCUUAUCCACCUAAAAAGUUUCACUUCUAAAAUGCAGCCAUACAUAUUAGGCAUACGACAUGCAAAAUAGCCUCAUGUCAGACUCUCAUAAAAAAGACCUGGGGGAGAGCCAAAGUCAGGCAGAAAAGUCUUGAGGCCUUCGGACCUCAGUUUCUGACAUUUGGGUUUGGUGUGGUUAGGAAAUAUGGCUCCCUAAGUCAGUGGGAACCAAACUUUUUGGCAGGCAUGACACAAAUUAGCCCCGUAGCCCCACCUAGUGCCACUCUGACCCACUUCCUCUGCCCAAUCUUCUGCUCUGCUUUCUGCUGCCUGCCUAGUAUUCCCUACCUGAUCUGAUGGUCUGCUUUCUGCUCAGUUUGCCAUUGUACUGCCUGUUCCUUCCCUGGUCUGCCAUAUGCCAUACACGGCACAUCUACACAACGUGCUUUACUGUGCAGUAGAUUAGUCCACUGUGCAGUAAAGCAUCACUAUCUAUGUGUGUGCGGCAUUUAGUAUGCGAUAAAUUAGUUUACUACAGAGUUGCACUUGUGUAGAUGCUGAGCAGGAGCAAAUUUGCUGCCAGUCAGCCACAUCAGCAAGGGGCCACCCAAGACGGGAGGACGGGGAGUGGAGAGUUUUCUAUCCCUGGUCCUGGUGUUGCCCAGCUCCUGGCUCCCCCUGAUCAGCACUAGGACAAGGUCACUCUCUGUCCCCCCCAUCCCAGCAUUGUGCGGUUCCUAACUCCCCAUAGGAGACAGGAGCUAAACAGCACUGGGACUGGAGAGCUCUCUGCUUCCCCAUUCAGCUGGGGGCUGACCAGCAACUGUCCUGCAUGUGGAACAGCUGCUGGCAAGCCCCCUGGCAGGCAGAGAUACCCCAUCCAGCAGGGCACUCGCUGGCAGUUGCCCCAGUAGUAUAGCUCCCGAUGAGCCCCUUGUUGGGGGAGGAUGCCCUGCUGGGCACAGUUCUGGCUGGCAGCUCUGUGUCCCAACAUGCAUGGGGCUGGGAGAGCUCUGCU